ACGCCAAAAGUUCGACGGCGUCCCAAGAAAACUGUUUGGCAUUGCGGUUAAGGGACAUAUUUACUAAUAUUAUUUCAAUUAUUUGAGUCGGUUUGCUUAACUUAGUGGAAAUAAUGCCGGAUUUUAAAUUUCCCUGACCUCUCAAACUUAUUUACGAAGUUUUGUGAAUGAACAAAAAGAAGAAAUCAGUUGCUAAACUGACUGAAGUUAGUUCCAUUUUGGAGUAAUCAAAGGACUCCCGUUUCAGAUCAAAAUGUCUCAAGAGGACGAUGUGGGAUUUUUGUACAAAACUAUGAUUGAGAGGGACCCAAAAAAGCGCCGGGUCAAACCAGUUGAAUCCGCACAGCAGUCAUUACUUGACUUUGACCUGGGUGAAAGUUCAGACGACAGUGACUUCAGAAUAGAGGAUCAUUGUGAAGAAUCAGACGACGAUUCUGUAGAUUCUAAUGAAGCUGGGAAAGUAGAAGAAGAAGAUGAUGAUUCGGAAGAUUCAGAUGAUUCCACGGAGGACCCGGUGUUGGGAGAAACAAAUGCCGGGAUGACUGUGGGACAUGUAAUAGAGAAAGCUCGCGAACAGGCGUCGAAAGGAGGCCCCAUUGACGAAAAAUUGGCUAAAAUGCUCAUCUGCUGUGGCUGCCUUGGUGACCGAAGCGAUGAUAUUAAUGAAAUCGUAGAAUGCGAUGGUUGCGGAAUAACCGUUCACGAAGGUUGUUACGGCGUAUCAGAUGUGGAAAGUUUCUCUAGUACAGAUUCCCUGUCGCAAUCAGCGCCUUGGUUUUGUGAGGCUUGUAGCGCAGGAAUUGACGAUCCCUCGUGCGAAUUGUGUCCAAACAAAGGCGGAAUUUUUAAAGAAACGGACGUUGGCAAGUGGGUCCACUUAGUCUGUGCUUUGUACGUCCCUGGAGUUGCUUUUGGAGAGGUUAGUCGAAUUUUUAGGCAAUGUUCGGAAUGUGAUAAAGAAUCAUCUGGUUCUGAUGUAGAACGAGUUGACACUUCCGCUCCCAGAAAACUUCGACAUGGUAAAGAUGGGGCUAAUCACACUCCAACGCCAACUCAAGAUCUUACAGUUUCCACCCCACAGACUCCAACCACAUCUAAACAUUUUGGAAGUAAUGUGAAUACUCCCACGACUCCCAAGUUAACUAUCAAACCAAUGGCGCCAAUUCCUUUGAUGGAACCGAUGCAAGUAGAUGAAAUUAAUUACAACCACCAGCCGAACAACAUACCCGCGAGAGAAGGUUCGCCUGAGUAUAUGGUUGCGUGUGCUGAUGGCACUGAAUCUGUUUCCGCGAGAAGUGCCAAGAAGCGGAGAAGAGAAAAGCACAAGCGAUAUACUCCAGAUCCAAUCACUGGCAUUAAACAAAGGAAGCGGAAACAUAAGAGAAAGAGCCUGGAUGUGGAGAAUCCGGAAGGACAGAGUCAACCGGAGGUUCACAGAAGAAUCACGAUUAAGAUAAAGCCCAUUCCUCGGCCGGAAGGGGACAUGGCUUCGGAAUCGAGUCCUCAGAUGUUUGUAGCAACCUCGACUAGCACCGAAAUCACAGAGACCCCACCGCCAAAGUUUCCAGCUCCACUGCUUCCACCUCCAGUUCUAACGAGUACACCAGUAAAUACAACUGGCGCUACUGGACGAUGUUCAGGAGUCAAUAGAAGAUCAAAGGACGCUGAUCUUCUGACUCAGUGCAAUGUUUGCGACACUCUUGGAACUAGUCAAAAUCUUGUUCUGUGCGACGAAUGCAAGAAAUGCUACCAUUUUACCUGCUUGGAUCCCCCAGUGAAGAAAUCACCGAAGAGACGAGGAUAUUCCUGGCACUGUGCUGACUGUGAUCCAAGCGCGUCUGAAUCCGAGAACUAGCACUGUCUGCAUUUGUAAUGCAGUUUUAUUCUAUUUAAUCGAUUACAUUGUAAAAAAAAA